AAGAUCCCAAACCCUAGCUAGGCUUUUCAUUUCUUAUCGCUUCCGUCAAGCCCGAGCCGCACGAGAGGAGCAGAGGGAGGGGGAGAGAUGCCCGCCGGCCAUGGGGUCCGAUCGAGGACGAGGGAUCUCUUCUCGCGGCCGUUCAGGAAGAAGGGUUAUAUCCCACUGACGACGUACCUCCGGACCUACAAGAUCGGCGACUACGUCGACGUCAAGGUGAACGGCGCCGUCCACAAGGGGAUGCCCCACAAGUUCUACCACGGCCGCACUGGUCGCGUCUGGAACGUCACCAAGCGAGCCAUCGGCGUCGAGAUCAACAAACAGGUUGGAAACCGAAUCAUUAGGAAGAGAAUCCAUGUGCGUGUGGAGCAUGUGCUGCCUUCCAGGUGUACAGAAGACUUCCGUCUGAGGAAGAAAAAGAAUGACCAACUGAAGGCAGAGGCAAAGGCACGUGGUGAGACUAUCAGCACAAAGCGGCAGCCGGAGGGCCCCAAGCCUGGUUUCAUGGUUGAGGGAGCUACGUUGGAGACCGUCACUCCAAUUCCCUAUGAUGUGGUCAAUGAUCUCAAGGGUGGUUAUUAAGCUGUUAUUCCGUCUUGAAUGUUUGCCUCUGUUUGCUUCUUAAUUUGACUGAGCUUUUAGAUACUUGUCUCAUGCUGCUUUGUUUUUGAUCUUUUCGAUACUCAGCAGACUUGGUUAACGAGUUACAGGUGAGCUGCAAAAUUACCACUCCAUGAUUCUUUCAGUUCACUUAGUAGGUUGUUUGGCAUGCGAGAUUUUUUAUUUUAUUUCUUUUAUUUUCGGGUCAAAAUUGUGAUUUUUAUGUUCGUCAUCUAUAUGGCCUUAUCCACAGCUAAUUUUUGCUGGAAUUCAUCUUUCACCGUCUCAUUCAAUCAGAUAUAUUGCCUUGAUGUGUUAUCUGCCUGGUCUGGUUCCUUUUUCUUUUUUUUUUUGAUACAUGCAGGGGAUCACACAGCUCUGAUGCAAGUACAGCCCAAUUAUCUUAGGUUUUGCUUUUGCUUUUAUAUGCUUUUGCUUUUAACUGAGUUUAGAAUGUAUAAUUAACUUAGUUUUUUGGGAGGGAUGGUGCCCAAUUUCUUGAAACAAACUACCGUGGAGAGAAGUUUGUUGCUUUGCUUCUAAAUGGUAUUUUGAUCAUUUAGGCAACUGGGGGAUUUAUGUGGAGCUAACGUUGGUUUCAUGUUGGGUCAGUAGAGCAUGAGCUUUCCUUCGCCAAUGUUGUAUCUGGCAACUUUUGUAUUGCUUGGCAGGGUUGGAAAACGAUAACUAAAGCAGGUUACCAUGAAGAUUCUGUUUUGUCCCUUUCCUCUCAAUCUCUUUUUAUGAGAUGUUCUCCAUGUCAUUUCAUUUGAGAGCAUCUAAUUGGAUGAUUUAUGCAGUCGAGAUGACUAACUUUGUGCAGUGAAGAAUAAUUGAAUUUAUUGGA